GAAAAAUUCAUAAGGACUAUACUAACUACGGAUCCAGAGGAGGGCUGGGCCGCGUCCCGGGGUGGCCACCCCCUAUAUCCGCCACUGGCAAACACGAAGUUCGCAGCCAAAGGAGUAUGAUCACGGCCAAGAAACUCAACCCGCGAAGUCAAGCCCAAGUUCGCUGGCAGAAGAAGGAAGAUUACAACCGCAAUCUCAAGCCUCCCAAUCGUGAACUUCAUCAAGAGGAGUAAAGAAGAGAGCAUAAAUUUUCGUUAGGCGGAUCGCAGUCGCCGUUAUUUGAAGUCGAUAGAAAGAUCACGACUGCGUGCCAAAGUUCAUGGUCGCGACAUCAGGGCGAGAUCUCCCACCUUUCCCGGACUAAGCAAUGGAACUGCUAAAUUGCGGGCAUCACGACCAGUUCAUGGCCGCGAUCUAUCACCUUUAAUCGUGAACUUGGCCGAGAUUUUCAAAGUUUAUAAAUAGAGGAGCUGCUGGAGAAAGAAGGAAAAGUGGACCUAGAGUGAGACAAGUAGGGUUUUGGGAAGUUUUUAGAGAUGGAAACACUUUGAGAGAUCUUGGGAAAGAUCUAAUCUAGGGAUGGCAGUUUAUCCACCCAUGCGUAUUUUUGCCCAAAUCCAAUUAUAUCCAUUUAUAUGGGUUGGGUAUAGAUUUAUUCCAUAUGGAUUUGGAUAAUGUUUGGGUAGGUGGAGUUGAGUUUGGAUUUUAUUUUUGGGUAUGGAUUGGGUUUGGGUACCCAUCUCAUUGGACCUGGCUGUAUAUGUUUUUUUUAUUAGGUGUUAAAAUGUAAAUAGAAAUUUUUUAAUGUUUAAAAUAUAAUUUUCCACAUAUGAUGCCGGACCUAUUUGUAUCUUCUUAAAAACUUCAAGUACUAAAAUGUAACUUUGGCUGUCAGUGACCAUCGUGUUCCAGCUCUUCGUCGGCUAUUUCGACGGUGCCGGCGCCGGUGCCUCCGCUUCCGACUGACAGGCGAGGAAGAUGACAUCGGAAGUCGGUGCUCUCCGGGAAAAGCUGGAGGGUGGUGGGGAUUUCACCCAGCGGCGAUGCUCCGGCGGGGAUUCUAUCGAAGGACUCAGUGUUGAUGAUGACGUCGGAGGAAGAGUUAGAAUCAUCGUCGUCGUCCUCCGGUCAUCGAUCUGGGAUCUAGGAUCUGGGCUGGGCAUCGUUCUGGGAACUGGGAUGAUUUCCACCCGAUGUCAUCAUCAACACCGAGUCGUCCUCCGGCCGGUCAUCUUCUUUGUCUUGGUUUCCAGAUACUUGUGCCCUGAGGCUUACCCAUAGGAGAAUGUUGAAUUUCUUGCGCCCAACAACAUCAAGCUAUUCCAGUGUGGAAUCAACGGGAAGACAGUAAAUUCAUUUCAACUUUUACCUUUAAUCCUUCUCCUCCAUUGAUGAUUCCAUUGCUUAAUGAAUGAUAUUGAUACCC